CUCAUCACACCUGGCUGUGAUUAAUUUCCCGCUAAUUAAUACAUCGCUUGCUUGUUAUUUUCGUUGUGAGAUGACGACGCUUGUAAGAUAUACCGCUUUUGUCUCUCUGUUCGUGUUCUUUCUGUAUGUCAGCGGCGUUUCUAAUGAUGAAGAAAGAGGUGCUGUAACAACCCCAGAGGAAGCCCGUGGUCUGAAAAUAAAGUGCGGAGAAGUCAAAAUGACAAUAACCAUAAACCGACGGUUUUUCAAGGAGAGAGGUUUUCCGUUCAAACCUGAAUAUGUCCGACUCGGAACAAACACAUCACACCAGAGUUCAUGUGGACCAAAGGCAGAGAUGUCAGAGUUUGAAAUGGUCAUAUCAACUGGAUUACAAGAAUGUAGGACUGAGUCUAGAGUAUAUGGUGAUUGGCUUGUCUAUACCAACAAGCUUGUGCUGUUUCCUGCUGUGGUUCCCACCUCUACAGGCAGUCUGUUAGUGAGAGGAACAACAACUGUCAUACCUGUUGAGUGCCAUUAUAAAAGGAAGCAGACAGUGACUGGGGAACCAUUAAUCCCAACAUGGCUACCUAUGACUUUAACUAUCAGUGCAUUUGGCCUCCUGCACUUCUCCCUGCGUACCAUGGAAGAUGGCUGUUCCUCUACGCGUCGCUCCUCGGUGUAUCAACAGGGGGAAGCUGUGUUUUUGGAGGCUGGUAUCAAAGCCCCUCUUCACCCUUCUCUUACUCUUUAUGUCGACUACUGUGUCGCUACGUUUAAUCCUGACCCUCUCUCCAUGCCAAGCUAUAAGUUCAUCACUAAGCACGGAUGUCUUAUGGACAGUAUGGUGCCAGGCUCUUCUUCCAAAUUCCUCCCACGGAAGCAAAAUGACAGACUGUGCUUCAGUGUCCAAGCUUUCCAAUUCACCAAGGAGUCUGUGGAUCAGAUGUUCAUCAGCUGCCACCUGAGGGCCACUCUGAAAGAACACUCACACAGCCAUAUGAAUAAAGCAUGCUACUUUCAUAGACCCUCAUUCAGGUGGCGUUCAACAGAGGGAGACAAUGCUUUAUGUGAGUGCUGUUACUCCGAUGACUGCUUGAGUCACACUGGUGAGGACAAGAGCUCAGCUGCUGGACACAGACCUAAACCAGAUGCAGAAAGGAGGCAUGAGGCAGAUACAAUAGUUGGGCCACUUCACACCCUGCCACGCUCCCAUUGGAUCGGGGAUCUGUUGGUUGAUCACUAGAGGGCCCGUCUCCAACCUAACAAAUAGGAAUGCAUAUGCAAACAUUCUCUAAUUUCCUGUCUGACGGACGAGCCUCCUGCACACCGCCUCUAUGACAUACGGUGGGGACUUCUAGGAAGAGUCUAUAUGUUUCCUUUACUCUGGCUCCAAAGGGACGGCCCGGGGUCAGGCUGAGGGCACGGGACAUAAACACAGCAUGGAGAGCAGAAGAGAGAAUUUCUUAUAUUUUAACUCAAUCACACUAAAUAAAUGGAUAGUCCCAAUUUGAUAAUCAUGAA